AUGUUACAGAAAAAUGUUUUACUCGAAGUUCAAAUGAUAAGCGAAAUAGCAAAUAACGUUACCGUGCAUGUUAAUAAAAGACAAAUUGGUUACAACGAUGUUUGUGGACGGAUCUAUGAAAAAUGUUUCGCAAAUCCUAUUUCUACUUUGUUAAACCAUACGGAUGAUGUGAUUUCCAAGAGACUGAAAUUCAAGUAUCCCAUAGAUAUCGAUCCUUUAACGUUUUCAUAUAAGAUAAUGUUAUUGAAUUUAGGAGGUGUGAUCGUUGACGGUAACGAUUAUGUAGAAGAAUUAUACGCCCUGCGUUUAUUUUAUCCAUUGGACUAUAGUAACACAAGUAAAACAGAGUGGACUAAAGCUUGGAGUAAAGCUCUUCACAAAAGAAUAAAGGAAAGCAAUUUCAAGUAUAUUGACACUUUCCUCGAGCCAUUCGCUUCCAUGGAUGUUAAUGUUAUGUCAGAUUUGCAGGAGAUAAUACCAUUUAUAAGCGUCACUAUAAUCGUGGUAUGUCUCUUCAGCAUGCUGAGUAACAUGACUAAUAGUUGGAUUAGAAGCAAACCGUGGAUGGGUAUCGCCAGUGUCAUGUCAGCCGGAAUGGCUGUAGCUGCCUCGUUUGGAUUAAUAUUUGCUUGCGGAAUAGAAAGCACAUAUUAUAACGUUGCUCUGCCAUUUGCAAUUCUGGUGACAGAAGUGGACGAUUCUUUCGUAGUGAUCGCGUGUUGGAGAACAACUAAUACUCGUGAUUCUGUUGAAAAGCGAAUGGAGGAUACGUAUUCGAAUGCAGCAGUAUCCAUAACUAUAACUUCGUUAACCAACUUUUGUUGUUAUUGUAUUGCAACGAACUGUCCAUUUCCAGUGAUUAGAAUAUUCGGCAUUUAUGCUGCUACCUGCAUCUGUUUUACGUAUUUCUUUCAGCUGACGUUUUUCGGAGGUUGUCUGGCUUUGAGUGGAUACAGAGAAGAGAAAGGUCUCAAUCCCAUUUCUUGUACAUCUGCUUCAGAACGCAGCAUAACUUAUAAUUAUGAAGAAGAAAUGCAAGAAGACGUUUUCAUGAAGUUCUUCAAGGACAAAGUUGCGCCAUUUCUUCUUUAUUCUUCAAGCAAAAUUAUUAUAUUACUUGUCUAUGUCGUUAGUUUAUCUUUUAGUAUGUGGGGCAUUAUUUCUUUGAACGAAGGUUUUGAUAUUUUUCAUGUUUAUCCCGAAAAUUCAGAGAUCAACCGAUCACUUCGAGUGUAUUAUAAAUAUUUUACUGAAUAUCCAUUUACUAUUCACAUAGUGAUUAAUGAAACUUUGGAUUAUUCAAACGAAGUCGUUCAGAAAUCACUAGACGACAUGAUUAAAAAGUUCCAGUCUCAUCCGAACGUGGCAGAUAUGGAUAUUUCGUGGUUAAAAUAUUACAAAGAUUUUCAACAGCAUUCAGCAGCGAAAUAUUCUUUUAUGGGAUACGAUUUAUCUACUAAACAGGAUUUCGUCGAUGCUUUACGACAGGUGUUUCUGAAAUUUCCAGGAGCCAAACAUUACCAGAAUGAUAUCGUAUUUAAUCAUAAUUAUACGGAUAUUAUUUGCAGUCGUUUCUUUCUUUUAGCAAAAAAUAUUUCGGAUAAAAGCAUGGAGUCGAAAUUAAUCAAAGAUAUAAGAAUGAUGGCAGAAGAAUUUCCUUUCUCCAUUCUUAUUCACACUUUGAUUUCUCCUAUGGUUGAGCAAAGUAUCAUUAUUAGAGAAGUGGUCUUUCAAUUUUUCUGGAUAACGUCGUUAAUAAAUCUUCUUAUUUUUAUUUUCUUUAAUCCAAAUAUUUUGUAUUCGGUUGUCGUUGCUCUGUGCAUUUCGUCUAUUACGAUACAAACUCUGGGUUAUAUGUCGAUAUGGGAUGUGGACUUGGACAUCGCUUCCAUGUUCUGCUUAGAACAUUGGACGGAAAUAUUUCCACAAAUACUUUGCGGGAUGGAUGGCAAGAAGUUAAGGAUAAAGUCAACUAAUGUUCCACUGAUCGAAGUGGAACCAUUAAAAAAAAGAUGGAGUCAGUGGCGUUCCCGAACUAAAAAUAAAGCGGCUGCUUUAAGAAAAGAUAUAUUUAGAACAGGUGGAGGGAAAAGAAGUACUCCACCAUUAACAGACCUUAAAGUAAAGGUCUUAUCAUUAAUUGGGAACGAAGAAUUUGGCUUGGAAGAAGAAAAUUUAUUCGAGCUUGGAGCUUGCAGUACCAGUUCUCUUGAAUCUUUACACGAUAAUAUAGUUCCCGAAGGAAAUGUGGAAGCGCCUAGUGAAAUAGUUGAGAGGGAAGCUCUUGAAUCUAUUCUGGAUGUCGUCGUCAUCGUCACCACUGAUCUUCAAGUGAAGAUAUUGUAA